GUGAACGUCGUAUCGCUCAGAUCAGAAAAAAAUGGCUCGUACUAAGCAGACUGCACGCAAGUCAACUGGAGGUAAGGCUCCCCGAAAACAACUGGCGACCAAAGCGGCUCGCAAGAGUGCGCCUGCCACGGGUGGAGUGAAGAAGCCCCAUCGUUAUAGGCCUGGAACUGUGGCUCUUCGAGAAAUUCGUCGCUACCAAAAGAGCACUGAACUGCUAAUUCGCAAACUACCAUUCCAGCGUCUCGUUCGUGAAAUUGCUCAAGACUUCAAAACUGAUCUUCGUUUCCAAAGCUCGGCUGUUAUGGCAUUGCAGGAGGCUAGCGAGGCUUAUCUUGUUGGUCUAUUUGAAGACACCAAUCUCUGCGCUAUUCACGCCAAACGGGUUACCAUCAUGCCCAAGGAUAUCCAACUGGCACGUCGUAUUCGUGGAGAACGUGCUUAA